CCUCCCUCCUUGCUCUGAGCUCCAGGCUGCCCCAGUCCUGAGAUCUGCCUGGGAGAUUACAGCAGAUUCCUCUUUGCCUAGGCUCUGCCAGCAGCUGUCGGUCACCCGGAGGGAAGAUGGACAAUACCCCGUACACCUUCCCGGCCCGCAGCAACCAGCCCUUCCCAAACCACAACUAUGAGCACCUGAAGGAAGAGAGUGAGAUCGGAGAGGUCCCUCCAGGAGCCACCGUCAGCUCCACGGUUAUCAGCAUGCACCCGUACCUGCCCCCUCCCAGCGACCACAUCAUCUGGUCCAUCUUCAGCACCCUCUAUGUGAAUUUCUGCUGCCUCGGCUUCAUGGCUCUGGUUUUCUCCGUCAAGGCCAGGGAUCGUAAAGUCGUCGGCGACCACAGUGGCGCAAGGAGCUACGGCUCCACCGCCAAGUGCCUGAACAUCAUGGCCCUGGGCCUGUCCCUGCUCUUGCUCGUCCUCGUCAUCAUCCUCGUGGCAACAGGGGUCAUCGCUGUCACACACGCAAUGCAUCCUGGAGACUAGACUCGCCGCAGCCGGCCGGAGAGGGGGUGUCCUGGCUGUUACAUCGCCCCGCAGGCAGGGCUCCCCCGCCACACUUCUUACACUUCCGACCUCCCUCUCCAGCUCCGCUUGCUCCCUCACUACCAGUGCCUGGCCGCCUCCUGCUGUUUGGGGAGCUGGGGAAGGAGCAGUGCUCUCCUCCUGGCUGCAGGGUGGCACUCCAGCUGUUGUCCUACACACAGCGGGCAGCACUCUCAUCCUCAGAGAUGCUCUCUCCCCUGUCCUCCUUUCCACCAACACGCUGAGGCACAGGGGUUCAUGCCAGGGCCUUGCUGUGCCACCUCCAUGGGACUCUCCCCAUACCACUCUGCUUCACCCACCACCACCCUUCCUCUGAGGGUGACUGGCCUACUCUCCAUGCACAGCCCAGCAGCUGGGCUGCUCACUGGCUGCCCAGCAGGGCACCGUGCAGUGGAGUGACGUGAGCCAGCCCUUCUUGGCACAAGGCGACCGGGUGAGCUCCAGGGGAAGGGUGGCAGCUCUCCUGCGGGUGACGUACCUCCUGGUGUCUCUGCGGAGACGGGCACUCAGAGUGAUUUGGAGCAGAACCGCAAGCUGGGGGAAUGGCCCUAAUAAACUUUCCUUUCUCUCUUGUAAA